AUGUUUAUAAUUUUCAUUUAGAGACAGAUCAGAUCUUACCCCCAAAAUCUUCCAUUUCACUCAAAUCCCUAAUUCUCUCAGAUCCCAAUUCGGACCUUCUUCUUCUUCUUCUUCUAUCAAUUUCAUCUCACAUAUACAUAUACAUAUAGAUAUACGUACAUAUAUAGUGGUUUGGGGGGGCAAAUUGUAUCGGCAAUGGCGUGUAUAAAAGGAGUGAAUAGAUCGGCGUCAGUGGCGCUGGCGCCGGAUGCGCCUUACAUGGCGGCCGGGACUAUGGCCGGGGCUGUGGAUCUAUCGUUUAGCUCAACCGCCAAUCUCGAGAUCUUCAAGCUCGAUUUCCAGACCGAUGAUCGUGAUAUUCCUGUUGUUGGUGAGUCACCGAGUUCCGAGCGAUUCAAUCGGCUCUCGUGGUCGAAGCCUACUGACGCUGGGAGUAAGAAGUUCGGGCUUGGGCUAAUUGCUGGUGGACUUGUGGAUGGGAGCAUCGAUAUCUGGAACCCACUGUCGUUGAUCAGUUCCGAGCCAAGUGAAAGUGCUCUUGUUGGACAUCUCUCAAGGCAUAAGGGGCCUGUUCGUGGUCUUGAAUUUAAUGUAAUUGCACCGAACUUACUUGCGUCUGGUGCUGAUGAUGGCGAGAUUUGCAUCUGGGAUUUGGUUAACCCUGCAGAACCUACUCAAUUUCCACCUCUUAAGGGUAGUGGUUCUGCUGCUCAGGGUGAGAUUUCAUUCUUAUCUUGGAAUAGCAAGGUCCAACACAUAUUAGCGUCUACUUCAUAUAAUGGAACAACAGUCGUUUGGGACCUAAAGAAGCAAAAACCUGUGAUUAGCUUCUCUGAUUCAGUUAGACGACGCUCCUCUGUUUUGCAAUGGAAUCCUGAUGUUGCCACUCAGCUUGUUGUUGCAUCAGAUGAGGAUGGUUCACCAGCUUUAAGGCUUUGGGAUAUGCGGAAUAUAAUGUCACCAGUUAAAGAGUUUGUUGGGCAUACCAAAGGUGUAAUUGCAAUGUCGUGGUGUCCUAAUGACAGCUCAUAUUUGCUUACUUGUGCAAAGGAUAACCGAACUAUUUGCUGGGACACAGUUACUGCUGAGAUUGUCUGUGAGUUGCCAGCAAGCACCAACUGGAAUUUUGACGUGCAUUGGUAUCCAAAAAUACCAGGGGUUAUAUCAGCAUCUUCAUUUGAUGGAAAGAUUGGAAUUUACAAUGUUGAGGGUUGCAGCCGAUAUGGUGCUGGUGAUGCUGCUUUUGGUGCAGCAGCUUAUCUGAAAGCUCCAAAAUGGUAUAAACGCCCAGCUGGUGUAUCCUUUGGCUUCGGUGGCAAGCUUGUUUCGUUUAAAACUAAGUCGUCAGCUGUAGGUGCUCCAUCUGUUUCAGAGGUUUUUGUAGACACUGUGGUUACUGAACACAGUUUGGUGAGUCGCUCCUCUGAUUUUGAAGCUGCAAUACAAAAUGGAGAAAAGUCCUUAUUGAGGACUUUGUGCGAGAAGAAAUCAGAAGAAUCUGAAUCUGAAAAUGAACGUGAAACAUGGGGUUUGUUAAAAGUUAUGUUUGAAGAUGAUGGGACUGCAAGGACAAAGCUUCUUACUCACCUUGGCUUCAGUGUCCCUGAAGUAGCAAAACCUGAUGUCCAAGAUGAGCUAUCUAAUGAAGUAAAUGCUAUUGGACUCAAUGAUACCACAGAAGAUACAGUUGGAUUUGAGGGUGGGAAAGAUGCCACCAUUUUCCCUACUGACAAUGGAGAAGAUUUUUUCAACAAUCUUCCUAGUCCUAAAGCUGAAACACCAUUGGCUACCUCUGGUGAUAAAUUUAUUGUUGAUGAUACUGUUCCUAGUACUGAUCAAGUGGAGGAAGAGUCAGAUGUAGUGGAAGAGAGUGUCGAUGAUCCUUCAUUUGAUGAAUCUGUUCAACAUGCAUUAGUUGUUGGAGAUUAUAAGGGGGCUGUUGCAAAGUGCGUUGCAGCUAACAAAAUGGCUGAUGCUUUGGUUAUAGCGCAUGCUGGUGGUGAUUCAUUGUGGGAGAGCACACGAGAUCAAUACCUGAAGAUGAGCUGCUCACCUUACCUGAAGGUUGUUUCUGCAAUGGUGAACAAUGACCUUUUGAGUCUCGUAAAUACCAGACCCCUCAAAUUUUGGAAAGAAACUCUUGCUCUUCUUUGUAGUUUUGCAUCAAGAGAGCAAUGGACUAUGCUUUGUGACGCACUAGCUUCCAAACUGAAUGCUGCUGGUAAUACACUGGCAGCAACUAUUUGUUACAUAUGUGCUGGAAAUAUUGACAAGACUGUUGAAAUUUGGUCAAAGAGUUUGUCAACUGAGCAUGAGAAAUCUUAUGUAGACCGUCUUCAGGACUUAAUGGAGAAGACUAUUGUCCUUGCCUUAGCGUCAGGGCAAAAGCGAUUCAGUGCAUCAUUAUGCAAGCUUGUAGAGAAGUAUGCUGAAAUUUUGGCAAGUCAAGGGCUUCUAAAAACAGCAAUGGAAUACCUAAGACUCUUUGGUUCUGAUGAAGUGACACCAGAACUUGAGAUCUUAAGAGAACGUAUUGCUCUUUGUGAAUCUGAAAAACAUGUAGAGCCAAGUCCUCCAGUGCAACCUGUUGAGGUUUCAACUUCACAUUAUCAGCCUAAUCCUGUCAAUUCCUAUGCUGAGCACAAUGGACAAAAUUUGGCUUCGUAUGGAUAUGUUGCUCCUCCUCCUCCUCAGAAUACUCAAAUGUUUGUUCCGAAUCAACAGAUACCUCAAGUUCCUAAGGACAACUUUCCUGCACCUCCAGUCCCUAUUCAGUCUGGCAUGAGGACCUUUGUUCCUACAAAUCCUACUUUGCUGAAAAACGUGGAGCAAUAUCAGCAACAUCAGCAGCAUCAGCAAUCUACAUUGGGUUCUCAGCUGUAUCCUGGGACUACUAAUACUUCUUAUCAGCCUGCCCCUAAUCCCAACAAUGCAUAUCAGUCUGUCCCACCUCAUAACACUGGAUACCAGCCUAUCCUGCCUCCUAACCCCACUUAUCAGCCUAUGCCGCCUCCUAACCCCACUUAUCAGCCUGUUGCGCCUCCUAACCCCACUUAUCAGCCUUCACCCCCUAUUGCUCCCAUUCCAGCUCAACCAAAGCCAAAUAUGUCAUUCGGUGUGCAACCACCUAGCCCUACUAAUACAGCGUCGAUGCAAGCUGCUGCUGCUCCUCCAGCUCCACCACCUACAGUACAGACAGCUGUCACUUCGAACGUACCUGCUCACCUAAAACCUGCCGUCGCAACCUUGACAAGACUUUUCAACGAGACCUCAGAAAUAUUGGGAGGUCCAAGAGCAAAUCCUGGCAAGAAGCGUGAAAUAGAAGAUAAUUCAAGGAAGAUAGGCGCCUUAUUUGCCAAACUCAACAGUGCGGACAUAUCUACAAAUGCUGCUGAACAGCUUGUUAAGCUCUGCCAGGCUCUGGACGGUGGCGAUUUCAGCACUGCCCUCCAAAUCCAGGUACUUCUUACCGCAAGCGAAUGGGAUGAGUGCAAUUUCUGGCUUGCGCCUCUCAAGCGCAUGAUCAAGACCAGGCAAAAUGUGAGAUAAGGUCAACGAAACCAUAUUUUAUUGCUGGCUGGGUUUGGGAACACUCAUAAAGUGGUUAGGGUUCUGCUUUUGUACACACAAGAUGGCGUCGUCUUCACAUCAUUUUACAGGAUUUUUGAUCCCUUCUCUCGUGCGUUUCCUUGUGUCUUGGUUUGGUUUUUAAUCAACACUACCUUGAAGGCAAUUACUGAGUUUAAAAAGCAGUUAGUGAGGGCAUUAAUAGACACUCCCAAUUUUAAAUUUGUAGUUUUAAGAAGAUAGCUUUUUCAAUUUUAAUGUUAAUUUUUCUUUCCUUCUUUUCUGGGUUUAAUUUUGAUUUUGCAGCUCAUGUAAUGUUCACUGAGCUCCUCCCACCAUGGUUGUCAUUUAUUGGCUUAUUUAGAUUUUGUAGAAUCAUUGUGCUUUUUGAUUUAUAUGAAUACUCAAUAUUUGAAUAACCAGACUUGAAUUUUGUUAAUACAAUUAUUCUUAUUCUUCUUA